AUGGUAGCAGGAAGGUGCCGAAGCAGCUGCCGACGAGUUGUCGAUGGAGUAGAUAGAGUUGCCUCUGCCACUAGCACAGAACUGCUGGUAGAGGUCUCUGCCACUAUAGAGGUCCCUGCCGCUAUAGAGGUCCCUGCCGCUAUAGAGGUCCCUGCCGCUAUAGAGGUCCCUGCCACUAUAGAGGUCUCUACCACUAGCAGAGAACUGCUGGUAGAACUGCUGGUAGAGGUGCUGGUAGAGGUGCUGGUAGUCGUUGGAGAACUAAACUUUGUCGUGGGCGUACAAGGACAGCCUAAAAAUUGCCCUGUGCAAUUCCAUUGGCCAUCUUUGAGUAGGCCGUUGCAGUUGGGCAAGUCACAAAAGCCUGGCAAGAAUUUCUGGCAAGUAGCGUUGACUGGAGCGCCGAGACCGGUGCCGUCUGUUGGAGGUGCUACUGUACCAAAACAGUAUGUUUUUGUACCACAUUUGCUGGAACUGGACGAUGGGGUGGACGAUGGAGUUUCAGUAGAGACAGAGCUCUCUUGUGGCUCACCAUCCUCUCCUUCUACUAUAGCGACCAGAGCGCCUUCUGCGAUUGUGAGCGCUACAGGCUCACAAUUGCGUUUUAGAUGUCCACCUGCAUAUCUGGGUUCUACACCUCCAGGUGCACACUCAGCUAUUACAGUACCUCCCCCUUCUAUGCCAAGAAACAAAGCGCCAGCCAAAUCUCCUAUAAUGGCUGUUAAUGUAUGGUGGCAGCAUAUUGUAGUAGUCGCAAUCGAAGUUGAUAUAAUAGACCAAGAAGUCGAUAUAGUUGAGAAUAAAGUUGGUGUAGAUUUCGAGGGAAUAGGUUUCGAGGAAGUUGAUAUAAUAGACCGAGAAGUCGACGUCGUUGAGAAUAAAGUUGGUGUAGAUUUCGAGGGAAUAGGUUUUGAGGGAAUAGGUUUUGAGGAAAUAGGUUUCGAGGAAGUUGAUAUCAAGUUCGAAAGGUUUGAAUUUGAGGAAAUUGAUAUAGAAGGCGAAGGCGUUAUUAACGAAGACGAGUUUAGAUUGACAGGCGACAUCCAAGAAGAUAGAGAAGUAGCUUGA